UCCAUCUCCUGCAUUGCUUCUUGGUGAGCAAGUUGGUUUCUGGGUUGGUUUGUGUUGUUGGUGGCAGCAGCGUCGUGCCUUAUAAAAGGGAUUGCGGGGACGAUGUGGACCCCCUGAUGUUCCUGGUUCCCACUGAGAAGCAGCUUCUGGAUGCUAUGAAUAAACCAUACGACAUCAAGCGCUCCUGCUGGAUCAAAGACGAGAAGGAGGCUUUCAUCGCUGGAGAGCUUCAGUCUGAAGACGGGGACAAAGUCACCAUCAGUACCUCCAGGAACUCGGAAGCCUUUGAUGUCCUGGGCUUCACGUCUGAGGAGAAGAGGAGUUUGUACAAGCUGACUGGAUUCAAAGUUCAAACAGAUAGCCAGGGAGGAACAAGCUGAUGUGGAUUCCGCUGAGGGUAUAGAAAGUCCACCUCCCUCGGCAGGCUUUUCUCUCUGAUACUAACCUCAUCAGUAUCUCAAUUCAGUCCCACUUCUCAUGUUAUGGUACAAUACAUUGUUGAAUUGUUUUUGCUCUCCUUCCCUCUCUUAAGUGGCUGAAAAAGUCGCCCACCCUCAUCGCCAUCAACUCUGGGGAGCGGCAAAAGGGCAUGUCACGCCCCAGGGUCAAGGUUGGCAAUGAGUUCAUUCACCCCAAAACAAUAUAUCCUAUGGUAAAACAGUGACCACGUUUCUCUUUUUUGCUUUAUCUAUCUAAAAGUACUGACAUACGUAUACUUAUUUAAGGGUUUAAAUGCAUUACUUGUAGUGUAGUAUUCUCUCAGUGUUGUUUUGGAUCUGAACACUUCUCCUCCCCCCCCACACACACAGUUGGCAUAAGGUGCAGAACCAGUUACAGUAUGUGAAGUACACUGCAUAUUUUCUACUCCCACCUCCCUUUUUUCCAGCCUAUGGGGAUUUCCUCCAUCCUUGAGGGGCAGUGUGUGUUUCCAAAGGCGACAGAAACGACCUUCAAAGCAACGCUGUAUGAAAACCACCUGGACAGGUCCAACAACUUCCUCAGGCUCAAGGGGGGAAGAAAGGACAAGAGGCCCACUUUGAACUGGUGCACUACGCCGGCACUCUGAGAACUGGAUUGUUAUAACGCUGUAUGAAAAAAGGUCCCUAUUGCAUCCGCCUGUCAACAAAGUCAUUGCUAUCUCUGAAUGCAAAGUAGGAUGUGUUUAAGUGUGUGCAUGGGUCCAUUUAUUGUGGCUCUCACAGGUGGGCUACAACACGGCUCACUGGCUGGAGAAAAACAAAGACCCUCUGAAUGAGACAGUGGUGGGUCUCUUCCAGGAAUCCUCCAUGCUGCUGCUGGCUCUGCUCUCCAGAGAGGAGGAGGCUGCUCCGGGUAUCAAGAAACAGAAGAAAGGGUCGUCUUUUCAAACCGUUUACAACUUCUAUAGGGUAACUCACACAAAGGCAUGUAGGCACACAACUUCACACACUGUCUGUACUGUACAGAGCAAUCAUUUUACAGAAGCUGGCUGUAAUCAGAAUUCUUAAAGGACCUGUGUGUGGGAUAUAGUGUCCUCGAGUGGUGAGUUUGCAGAUUGCAACUAACUAAUAACCCUGCUGACCACCCCUGUACAGAUAGAUAGAAGUACUUUAUCGAUCCCAAUUUGGGAAAUGUUUGCAUUGCUGCAACUUAAAGACAAGACAUUGUACAUUACAAUAGAAAUACAAUAGCAUUCAAAUUCACACAAAAUAUAAACAAAAACAAAAUGGGUGUCAGAGAACUUACGAUAGACUUUAGUUGACUUUAAACUUUUGAAAGGCCAUCUCUCCAGCCAUAGUUUGGUUUGUCCCUACUGGGCUACUGUAGAAACAAUUGGCAGAUAAGAUUAUCUCAUUCGUUAGCAGAGGUUAGCUUUUCACUUCUGGCACUUUCAUAGCAUUUAUGCUUCAGAAUACAGAUGCUAUGUUCAGUCUGUCUUGGGGAAUAGUUACAUGCAAUAGUUUUGUAUAUUUGUGGGUGAACUGUCCCUUAGGUUACUGCAGAGCAACAAAAACAAGAGGCACCUGUCUCAUACAUCAACAUGGAAUUUAUUUUCAUUUUAGUUUCAGAUGAAUGUUUCACAUUUUGUACAAAAUCAUUAGAAAAUGCCUGACAAUCCCCCGGCUGAUCCUCGUCUUCGCGGAUUCAGACA